GGAUUGGUUGUCAAGGUGUGAGGUGUACAAGUGUCGUUCUGUUUUAGGCUAUUUCGUACUUCUGAGAGCUGUUGAUUUACUUUUUUGUUUACUAUUUCUGGUGGUGUUGGUUUUAGUAGUUAUAAAUCCGUAAUUCAACAGUAUAACCAUUAGUACUACAAGAUAAAAGGGGAAAAAAUUGGUUUAAAGGAAAAAAGAUACUUGUACUAUCACAAUCUUCUCUUGUAUAUGGGCAUAGUAUUUGUAACUACUGAGCUUCUACUCAAUAAACGCUUUCACGCUGACAUUGGCGAAUGAUCAAAACCGCCAUAAAAAAGAAAGAAGAAGAAGAAGAGUUAUUAAAAUACUGAGGCUUAACAUUUUAAGAUUUUUUUGGUAUAUAGACGCUACCAUUUCUUCUCAACUAAUUUUAUGUAUGAAAGUCUGCCAUUGUUCUUUCCCCCCAAUGAGAAAAUGCUCAAGAAGUGGCUUGAAUUGAUUCCUUGUGAUUUGUUACAAAAGAAAAGUAUUAGUGAUCUUGCCCACCUGCAAGUCUGUCAUAAACAUUUUGAAUCUCGUUUUGUAACUGGAAAAAUCACAUAUUUUAAAGAUAGGUUAUACAACGCUGUUCCUGGAUUCUAAGAUCAGCACUGGCAUUCCACUAAACCGUUCGGAGGGCAUUUAAAAUGUGAAUGCUCUUGAUGACCAUUAACAUGCGAUGAAAAGGCAUUAUGACCACACCUAUUUUAAAACAGAAGUGUUAUAAUCAUACCCACACAUGAUGCCAAUAAACACAGAAAUGCAGCCGUGUACAUCCAAAGUAAGGAUUAUGGACUUCACAAUCCCCAAGGACCUUCAAGCUGAAGGAAGUUUCCAAGAAAAAGGUAAGGAUGCGGGGCACAGCACUAUCCAAGUCAAUAUGAAGCUAUGUAAUAUAAAAACUUAAGUGCUGUAGAGAUCUGUUUAGAUUGGUGCCGCAAUCGUCCUUUGCCUGGUAUAGUUGCUACAAAUUAAAAGAAAAAGAAAUGUCAUAUAUCAUUUUGCUACAACCAAUCAGGAUGCAGAAUCUAAGUUGAGUAUGUUUAGUUGUUUAGUUUGUGAGAUGUCCGUCUGAUUCGUAUAGAAUCUACUACAGGGCCGGUCAACUUCCUAAUAGCAGAUUGGCACCGGGAGAUGACCUUGGGGGGCUUUAAAGAAGCGAGAUGAAAUAAUAUCUAUCUCCCUCGCACGUUAUGUUAUAUUGCCAUGAAAGAAAUAUUAUUUUAAAUGACACAUCAUUUUAAUCAUUUUUUUAUUUAAUAAUUAUAAUACUUUAUUAUAUAAUAUAUUUCGUUAAACAUAUAUUUAUUACGUCUUUAUUGAAGUAACAAAAUGUAUAAAUAUGAAACUGCAUACUAUAAUAAAAAGGCAAGUUAUGGCAACGGCAAAUAAACAAAAUUACAAAUGGCAGAUCCGUUGCGCUUGCUGUUACGUUCUUGUUUAUUUGUGUUGCAAAUUAAGUUUAUAUUUCGAUAUAAACUUAUUUCUUACAUUACUAACGUUGACUUGAACAUCCCGUUCCUCCGUUUUAGUGUUUACAGUGAGAAGAGACUCAAAAACAAGUGCUGUGCAUUGUGCUAAAGAGACAGAGACUCAAUUUUAUCUUUCAUCAUGAAAGAAAACGAAAGGAAAUGUUACAAGUGUGGAUGUUCUCCUGCUCAUGAUCGUAACAUCACCUUGCAUCGUUUUCCUAAGCCUGGGAGAACAAAUAGCGUACGGUACGUAUGCUAAAUAGCUUUUUGAUUACUGAUUAAAACAGUUUUAAAAUGUUUAAAUUUGAACCACUGAAUUAAUAAAGUAGCAGAAAUAAAAAUUAUUAUGGGCCGCAUCGGCUAAUAAAACUUAAGAUACAUAUUAAGCUAUUUAAAAACGUGUGCAAAUAAAUCUGAAAAUUAGAGAAAUUAUGCAGAACAGCAUGAGGUUUAUCACAUAGAAAUCAUAACAUAAUAAAAAGUUCUAGAUGUAUUGGUACACAUAGAAAUAACUUGUGGAAUAAUAUUUAUAUAUGUAUACAAUACAAUCACAUUGUUUGAAAGGAACAAUCUUCUUGUAUUGCACUCUUCUUCCAAGCAAGUUUUUAGCACCUCAGUAGUAUAUUAUUAUCUAAUUGUAUUUUUUCAAAUGUGAAUUAUGGGCGAAGUACUGUUUUCCUCAUGAAUCUUGGUGGUCACCAGAAUUUCAAAACAAUCUUCAUUCUAGGCAUUUAAUGUUGUGCACUAAACAUUUUAAGAAAUCAUCAUUCAUUGAUAAUUUUGGAAAGAGGCUAGUCAAAUCUGCAGUACCUGAUGAGGAAUGUGAUAAGAUCACAUUAGCUGACCUUAAUUUGGAACAAAGGACUGUCAUUCAACAUAUUGCAGGUCCAUCAACUAAUAAACAACCACUGUCUGAAAAUAUUCAGAAGACUAUAACUGUUUCAAAUGUAUUUGAGCCUGUUGCGGGUCCGUCAAAAUUUAUACAACCCUUGUGUGAGAAUGUAAAUUAUAAAACCAUUCCUGACAAAACUAGUGAUAUUCCUCAAGUAACUGAGAAUAUCAACCCUGUUGCUGCUGCAAAUCCAUCCACGAAAAACAAAAAGGAUAAAGAUAUGUUGAUAAAAAUGAAAUAUCAUCUGAGAAAAAUUAACAGGCUUCAAAAAACUGUAAAGCAUCUAAAGAAUGAAGCAUUUCUCAAAGUAUUGAGCAAAAAUGAUUCCGUAAAUGAAAUAUUAAAAUGUAAAAUAUCCCCCUCUUUUGCAUUAUUUUUGCAAGGAGAAUUACAAAACUAU